AUGGACUCGUGCGCAUGGGAUAGUUGUGCUUCUUCAUGCUUCAGCAGAACUAUUCUGGUUAAUGCGAUUGUUGUGGUCCGUUUGCUUCAAAACGCGAACUCGCCUCCACGUCCAAAGGCAACUGCCACCAGUCCACCACUUCCACAAGUUCUCCGUCGACCACUACGCAACCGCAACCGACUGCAACCGAGUUUCCCGAUUUUAGCCAUACUUUCCUCGCCACUGGAACCAAUUUAUAAUAUUGAUAGUGAUGAGUUUGAGGGUGAACUUGAGGCUGAAAGUGUUGAGGUACAAGGUGAUGUGAAUGUCGAAGAUGGGGUUAAUGUCGAAGUCGAAGAUGGAGUAAAUGUGAUUCCCUCUUCGAGUAGUGCUCCGUUGGAGCCAUUCAUUGGUAUGGUAUUUGAGGAGGUCGAAGAUGCCCAAGCAUUUUAUAAGGCAUAUGCAAGGCGACAAGGAUUUGCAAUCCGGAUAAAUCAUACUCGAUUGUCGAAAGAUGAUAAAACUCGUUGUGCAGUAGACUAUGUUUGCACAAGAGAAGGAUUUCUGUGGGUUAGUAGGAAAGACACCGAUCGAAUAAUGCCUGAACCUGCUGAGACAAAGAUUGGAUGUAAAGCAAUAAUGGGAAUAAAGAAAGAUGGUGAAAAGUGGAUAGUCAACAAGUUUGUGGUUGGACAUAAUCAUAUUUUGCUUACACCGAGAAGUACUAGUUUCCUUCGUGGACAUAGAGGAGUUAGUAAAGUACAAAAGAAACUUAUUAUGACCUUGAAUGAGUCUGGUGUACCGACAAGGAAGAUAAUGUCGGUAUUGAGUAAAGAUUCAGGUGGUGACUUUAAUGUCGGUUGUAUUGGGAAGGAUGUAGAAAAUUACUUGGGAAGCCAAAGGAGAAAAAUAUUUGAAGAGGGUGAUGCACAAAGGCUAUAUUCCUACUUUCUUGAUCGACAAAACAAAGAACCUGAGUUUGUGUUCUCCAUGCAAGUUGAUAACGAUGGGUGUAUGGGAAGUUGUUUUUGGGCUGAUGCGAGAUCAAGAGCUGCAUACCAAUAUUUUGGGGAUGUUGUUACAUUUGAUGCCACUUACUUGACCAAUAUUUAUAAGAUGCCAUUUGUGCCAUUUUCUGGAGUUAAUCAUCAUCAUCAGACUAUAAUGUUUGGGUGUGCCUUAUUAGUUAAUGAAACGGCGGAAUCAUAUAUAUGGUUAUUAAGAACAUGGCAAGAGGCAAUGCUUGGGCGUGCCCCUUCAACUAUAAUUACAGAUGAUGACAAGGCAAUGACUAAGGCAAUUGUUGAGGUACUCCCGAAUACAACUCAUAGGUUGUGUUUGUGGCACAUUUUACAAAAGUUUCCAGAACACUUAGCCUAUGUAUACAACAAAUUUCCAGACUUUCAAAAAGAUUUUCGUCAUUGCAUCCAUGAAACAAUUACUACUGAUGAGGUCGAGCAAGAAUGGAAUUUGAUUGUGGUGAAGUAUGACCUAGGAGAAAAUACUUGGUUGCAAAAUCUUUACAGCCGACGGGAUAAGUGGGUACCCGCCUACUUGCGUUCAACAUUCUGUGCCUGUAUGUCAACAACUCAGAGGAGUGAAAGCAUGAACAAAUUUUUCAAAGAUUAUGUUCGUUCAAGCACUAUGGUUAGUGACUUUGUGCAUCAAUAUGAAAAAGUUAUAGAUGCACGUUACUUUAAAGAGAAAGAGAAGGAUGUCCGGACAAAAUCUACCCGAGCGAUAAUGAAGACACCUUUUAAAAUUGAAGAGGAGGCAGCAUUGGUUUAUACAAGAAAAUCUUUCAUCAUCUUCCAAGAUGAGUUGUUUAAUAGUCUACGGUACCAAGCAAGAAGAUUGUCUCUGACUGGUGAGGCGAAGACAUAUGGAGUGACAGUUCAUGGUAAAGAAACACCUAUUUACCAUGUGAUAUUGGAGGGUAGUGGAGAACAUGCUACAUGUACAUGCCAUAUGUGGGAGUUUAUGGGGAUUCUUUGUAGGCAUAUCUUGUGUGUUUUUGGCAAGAAAGCGAAGUUAAAUAGAUUGCCAGAGCAUUAUGUUCUAGACAGAUGGACUAUUAAUGCUAAGAGUCGACCCAUUCCCCACAUUCCGUGUUGUGAUGCACAAGUGAGCGUGGAAGUAGAUGAGCCUACGAUGAGAAGAAGCAAGUCAAUGAUACAACUUUAUGACAUUGUAGAACUUGCAUCCCAAUCAGCAGAAAAACACAAUCAUUUCACACUUGCAUUGGAGAAGGUUCACAAAGAGAUGCUUGCAAUGGACGAGCAUGUAGAAUGUUCACGAGUAGUGCCGGCCAAUGAUGAUCAAAUAGAUGCGGAAACUAAAGGUUUUGAGUCAUACGAGGAGCAGCUGAGGAAGUUAUUCGAGUCAUAUAAAGGAAGCUAUGCCAUGGUGUUUGAUGUAGCUCUAUUGAUUUUUCCCUUGGUGACAAAUAGAGACACAUUAUUUGUUAUCAUGGCAGCACUUCACUGCCAUUUAUCUUUGUUAUCAUGGCAGCACUUCACUGAUAUUUGA